GUCCGAAUCCGCUCCAGGUUUUCCGGGCCGCUCCUCGCCACCUUAUCCGUAGCACUAUGUGUUUAUGUGUGAGACGCCGACUCUUGUUUACAGCAGCGAUUCCACGGAGGGGCAGAGACCCGCAGCCGACGCUACCUGACGGCGGACCGGAGGAGAACCGCAUGUGGAUGUAGCACGCGCGCAGCAGACCUCCCCUGUUUCUCUUCAUCGAGCGCGCGAGGAGAAACGCAAAGCGAGAAAAGGGACUCUGCGUGGACUCACGCUCCCUCCCACCCCAGCCGAGGUCGUCUAGCUUGGAGACCCAUUCUCCUGCGUGGCACAAGUCUGGGAUUUUCUUUCAGCGGUAGAUUUCCGGACGGAUCGCUGACGCGAGUCCGGGCAGAGCAGGUCGGGGGGGUGGUUUUUUGGGGGAGCCGGGACGCGUCCGCUGGGUCAACCUGGGGCUGUGCUGGUUUGAAUGGCACAAGCAAACGGAUUUUUCAUUCAUUUUUCAAGCUCGCAGCCACCACCCCUGCGGAUCUGAACGGGUUUUUUCCCUGCCCCCCCUCCUCCUCCUCGCGCGCGCGCCUCACCGUCGCACAGUCACUCGCACGAGGGAUUAUUGUUAUUUUACCGUGGUGGUAAAGGCUUCUGUUUAAAGUCAUUGUUUCUUUCUUAACAACAACCUGGCCCGAGCGCACAGUUGUUUUCAAGAGAUGGAGAAUGACGAUGGAGAUUACCAUCAUUUAUCCGGGAAAAUCACUGGCCUGUGUUCCAUACCAGCCAAAGGAUAUGGGGAUAGGCAAAAAUAGCAGACUGUUUUAGCCUUUAGAUAUCUAUACAUGUCUAUUUAUCAAACGAUCCCCUUUUCCCCAAAUCUCCUGUGCGCAUUUAUUUAUGUUUUAGAGCAAAGCCAGAAUAAAGGGCGAGCAGACUACCAAAGAGUAGUCAUUUUUAAUAUAUAUAUAUAAAUAUAUUUCCCCAUUUUUAAUCGCACAUGCUCUCUGAGGAGCACAUGCGUACAACCCUUUUAUUUUGUUUUGGAUCAAUUUCCAGCUGACUUUGAGAGGAAAAUAAUGACCUGGAACGUGGUAUCAGUAACAUCGAUGGGCAGGCUGACCUUGUUUUGGGGUCUGAUGCUGUCUGUCUCCGCUGUCUGCAUUUGCUCCACAUAUGGAGAGGUCUGUGAAAGCAUGGACAUCCGAAACGACAUAAGUGAAUUCAAGGUGCUGGAGAACUGCACGGUGGUUGAGGGUUACCUCCAUAUCCUCCUCAUCAGCAAAAAAACCACCAACAACGUAGAGGCCUUACGUUCCCUCAGUUUCCCAAAGCUGACUGUCAUCACUGACCAUCUGCUGCUGUUUCGCGUUGCCGGCUUGGAGAGCCUCAGCACGCUGUUUCCCAACCUGAGUGUCAUCCGUGGUCGCAAUCUGUUCUACAACUACGCCUUGGUGAUUUACGAGAUGACCAGCUUAAAGGACAUAGGCUUGUACAACCUGAGAAACAUCACGCGCGGGGCUGUACGGGUUGCGAAGAACUCUGAACUUUGCUACCUGGACUCGGUGGACUGGUCUUUGAUAACGGAUGUUGUGUUCAACAAUGUUUUCGAUUUGAAUAAGAAAUUGGAAGAGUGCGAUAACGUCUGCCCAGGCAUCAUGAAGAAUAGCCCUCUUUGUCCCAGGACGUCGUACACGAACAAGUUAGACUAUCGCUGCUGGAGCUCCAACCAUUGCCAGAAAGUGUGCCCAGAUCAGUGCAAGCUGGCCUGUACAGACGACGGGCAGUGCUGCCACAGCCAGUGUUUGGGUGGCUGCAGCGAGCCCAACAGCGACCGGGCCUGCUCCGUCUGCCUCCACUAUUUCCACAAUGAGCGCUGCGUGCCAGACUGCCCACCAGGCACGUACAAGUUUGAGGGCUGGCGCUGCAUCACAUUUGAGAUGUGCUCCCAGGCGCACCUGCCAAGUGAUACUCACUUUGUCAUUCAUGGGGGAGAAUGUAUGCCAGACUGCCCUUCUGAUUUCACCCGCAACAAGACUAAUCCCAUGCUUUGUACUGCUUGCAACGGCCCGUGUGACAAGUUCUGCACUUCCCCUGUCAUCGACUCUGUGGAUGCUGCUCAAACCUUAAAGGGGUGCACCGUCAUCAAUGGCCAUUUGGACAUCAACAUCCGCCGUGGAGAUAACAUAGCCUCUGAGCUAGAGAACUUCAUGGGCCUGAUCCGGACAGUAAAGGGAUAUGUAAAGAUACGACACUCCCAUGCGCUCGGCUCCCUGUCCUUCCUCAGGAGUCUCCGAUAUAUCAACGGGGAGGAACUUAUUGAGAACACAUAUUCGUUCUUUGCCAUCAACAACCAGCAUCUGCAGUCCUUGUGGGACUGGAGUCAGCACAACUUGACAAUCCGAGCUGGACGUCUCUUCUUCCGCCAGAACCCCAAGCUCUGCAUGUCCGAGAUCCACAAAAUGUGGGAAAAGACGGGGAUCACUGUGAAACCAGAGGGGGGAGACUUCCGUAACAAUGGAGAGAAAGCCAGCUGUGAAAGUCACAUUCUGAAGAUCAAAUCUAACGUCACAUCAAGUUAUACAAUCAAGCUGACAUGGGAGCGCUAUCAGGUUCCAGAAUAUGGAGGCCUGAUCAACUUCAUCGUUUUCUACAAAGAGUCACCUUUCCAAAACAUCACAGAGUUUGAUGGCCAGGAUGGCUGUGGCUCCAACAGCUGGCACAUGGUGGAUGUUGACCUUUCUCAGGAUGAAAAACUUGACCCAAAGGUUACCCUCCAGCACCUCAAUCCCUGGACCCAGUACGCUAUUUUUGUACGAGCAAUCACCCUGCAGGUGGAGGACAAACACAUCACCGGGGCAAAGAGUGACAUCAUUUACAUCCGCACACGUCCAUCAUCGCCAUCUGUGCCCAAAGAUGCCCACGCCUAUGCAAACUCCUCCACUAAGCUGCUGGUAAAGUGGUCGCGUCCGGUUUUUCCCAAUGGCAAUCUGACGUACUACCUGGUGCGCUGGCAGCAGCAGCCUGAAGACAGGGAGCUCUACCAGCAUAACUACUGUUCCAAAGACCUGAAGAUCCCCAUUCGGGUGUCAGCUGGAGGAUUCUCAGACGUGGAAGACGGCGCAAAACCCACCAAAUCCGACCUUUCAGGUGCCAAGAAGGGUCCUUGCUGCACUUGCCAGAAGACAGCUGAAGAGAAGGACCGUGAGAAGGACGACCGAGUCUUUAUCAAAAUGUUUGAGAACUACCUCCACAAUAUCGUCUUUUAUGCAAGGCCUCCAGACCGUCAACGCAGGGACGUUGUUGGAGUCGCAAACAACACUUUGUUUCCGGAUGGAGCUCAGGGAAAUGCUUCGCUCAGUCCAGCGGAGAACGGCACAGAUGGAGUUCCCCCCGUCAUAGAGUACCCCUUCUCAGAGGAGAAGGUUUCCACAGAAUACCUGGAGAUCCCCAGCCUGCAACCUUUCACCGUCUACCGUAUCGACAUCCAUGCCUGCAACGAGGAGGUGGGCCUCUGCGGUGCCGGAGCGUUCGUCUUCGCCAGGACCAAACCCGCAUCUGAAGCAGAUGACAUCCCUGGAAAGGUCGUCCCUGAAAGGAGUGACAAGGUUGAGGGCUGUAUGGUGCUGCACUGGCCAGAACCCGUUGUCCCCAAUGGACUCGUACUGAUGUAUGAGGUCAAGUACCGUCUGGGGACUGAGCCUGAGAAACACGGAUGUGUGUCACGACGGCAAUACCGGCAAAACAGAGGAGCUCGUCUGACCCACCUGAGCCCCGGGAAUUAUUCAGCUCGUGUGCGGGCCAUCUCUCUGGCCGGAAACGGAUCCUGGACAGAGAGCAUCUACUUUUACGUGCCUCCCCCUAAACGAGAUGAUGACGUUACGUUCUACUUGUCCAUUAUAAUUCCCAUUAUAGUGACGCUCUUCAUCGCCAGCCUCAUCACCAUUUUGUUCUUCAUCAACAAAAAGAGGAACAGCAACAGACUGGGCAAUGGAGUCCUGUAUGCAUCCGUCAACCCAGAGUACAUAAGUGCAGCUGAGAUGUACACUCCAGACGAAUGGGAGGUGGCUCGAGAGAAGAUCACCAUGCACAAGGAGCUGGGUCAGGGCUCUUUUGGCAUGGUGUACGAGGGCCUCGCAAAGGGCGUCGUCAAGGAUGAACCUGAGACACGGGUGGCCAUCAAGACGGUCAAUGAAUCGGCCAGCAUGAGGGAGCGGAUCGAGUUUUUGAACGAGGCGUCAGUCAUGAAGGAGUUCAACUGUCACCAUGUGGUGCGCCUGCUUGGUGUAGUCUCCCAGGGACAACCAACCUUGGUGAUCAUGGAGUUGAUGACCCGGGGAGACCUCAAGAGCCACCUGCGCUCCCUACGCAACGAAAACUCCAACAGCCAGGUCCUGCCACCGCUUAAAAAGAUGAUCCAGAUGGCCGGAGAAAUUGCAGACGGCAUGGCCUACCUGAAUGCCAAUAAGUUUGUCCACAGGGACCUGGCUGCCAGGAACUGCAUGGUUACAGAGGAUUUCACAGUGAAGAUUGGAGAUUUCGGCAUGACGAGAGAUAUUUAUGAGACAGAUUAUUAUCGAAAAGGGGGGAAAGGCCUGCUUCCUGUUCGCUGGAUGUCUCCAGAGUCACUAAAAGAUGGCGUGUUCACAACGAUGUCUGACGUCUGGUCAUUUGGCGUGGUGUUGUGGGAGAUCGCUACGCUGUCGGAGCAGCCCUACCAGGGAAUGUCCAAUGAACAAGUGCUGCGCUUUGUCAUGGAAGGAGGACUCCUGGACAAACCCGACAACUGCCCUGACAUGCUGUUUGAGCUAAUGAGGAUGUGCUGGCAGUAUAACCCCAAGAUGCGUCCGACCUUCCUGGAGAUAAUCAACACCAUCAAGGACGAUCUGGAUCCUUCCUUCAGGGAAGUCAGCUUCUUCUACAGCGAGGAGAACAAGCCGCCGGACACAGAGGAGCUGGAUAUGGAGGUAGAAAACAUGGAGAACAUUCCACUGGACCCCGUAUCCACGAGGCAGCCGGCCGUUAUUCACCCGUCCGGAAGCACACUGCCUCCUUCUGCCCAGCAUUUGGCCCCCAUGCAAGGCCCAAGUACUCCUUUGCUGGGACCUGUGUCCCCCUCACACCCGGGCUAUGUAGCUACAACUGUGGGAUCUCCGGGACACGACAAGCACUCAGGGCAUGUUUUGGUCAACGGACCUGUGGUGGUGCUGCGGCCCAACUUUGAGGAGAUCCAACCAUAUGCACACAUGAACGGGGGCAGAAAGAAUGAACGGGCAUUACCGCUGCCCCAGUCGUCGGCCUGCUGAUAUCUGUCGAGCCCCUCCUCUUCCUCGCACACAGGGUAACUCUCCAUCUCUUCCGUGAGGGACGGGUGAAGUAAGACAUUGAGUUGGUUCUACUGUGUGUCAGUAGACGAUCUCUUCACUCGAUUAAGGUCAGACUCUCAAAGAAACUGUAAAACAUCACAGAAACCUGCUGAAGCGUUUGGAGUUUGGCGGCUCAGACACACUGGGGGGCUCCUUCCUGCGCAGCCUGUUUUUCAACCUUUUGUCACAAACAUGUUCUCCGAGGAGGAAAACACCACAGGCAUGUACAGACUUCCAUGAACUCGCUCGUCUUUUUAGCAUAUCUUAUCAGCGAAACCAACAGAAGAGCACUUUUUGUUCCUGAGGAUUUCAGAGAGGGGAAUGUUUCUCCUCAACAUGGUACUGCUCCAUUUCCAAAAUGGCUUUUCAUCAAUGAAUUUCUGUUUUUGUCAUUUUCUACAAACAUACUGGUUCAAGUUUGCCUCAUAAUGAACUUUUGGAUACAGAUUUCUAUCGGGUGUGGGUCAAAACGGUAAAGUCCGUAAAGUCUAUUGGGUCAAAACGGUAAAGUCCGUAAAGUCUAUUGUACAUCUGCCAAACUUUUGCCAAUUGACUUUUAUUUUCAUCCAAUUUGAUACAGGUGUCACUUUGUGAUAAGGUGGGGAUUCAGAGUUCAGAGAGUCUGGGCAGUUAAAUUAAUGUUUUCAGAAUAAUUUCUCAUCAUUGACAGAAUUUGCAUCUGCGGGUUUUUCGCGUUUCUAAAAAUCGUAAAUCAAAUGUUUUUUAUGAUUUCUAAGCCUUUAUUUUUGUUUUCUUCUAAGGGAAAUAAGUCCAUAUCAACGUCAAUUUUUGAAUGUCAUUUUGUGUUGCCCUUUUUAAAAAAAAUUUUUUUUUAAGUAAGGUGAAUUGGCAAAAUCAUGUCCAAAUUCAAAUCUGAAGUCCUGCUGAAAACCUCAAAUGUCACUUUUGACAUUUUUCCUGUCAUCAUGCUUCACUGCACAGACCUGGUCCGGUUUGGUCAUCAAACUCUGAAUCCCAUCUUUAAUUUACCUUUGUUUACUUUGAAGAAAAAAAAAGGCAAAAAGUCUCACACUGAGAGUUUACUUCACUUUCCGAUCUGUCAGUACAAGUCAGCUGCUGUCUUCAGGUGUUUUCCUGACGUUCGUCAACGCGCGUUUCAGGUCGGAACUGUUCGGAUUCAGUGGCACCAAACUAAUCGUCCCAAACAUACAAGCUGUUAGGAGAGAUGUUACGAUCCUCUGGACGGCUCCAAAGGAGGUCUCUUUUGAGAAGCCGUCACCAUAUCUCUGCAUUUCAAAACACAUCAGAAAGGUCUUACAGUCCUAUUUUUGACUGCAGGAUCAUUUUUUUAUAAACCUUUUUUUGUCACUUUUUUAAAGAACCUUUUUAUGGUUGAAAAUGUUUGCCUCUAUGUCUGUACAGAACAAAGCUGCUAUUUUAUUCUUUCUCUUUUUGGAUGAUUCUAUAUAAAUAUAUAUAAAUAUAUCAUUUUCUUCAGGUUUGAUAUUUUGUGAUCUCCACAAGCAGUCCAUUUUUAAGAACCAUAAACUCUGUUCAAAGCUCUUUAAAUACAAACGAGUGCCCACCCCCCAAAAAAAGGUUUUCAUCUCCAGCAACACUCAAGUUUGUUCCAAUGCCUUUUUUUUAUAUUUGUGAAAAGUUUUGCUCCUUGUUUUGUGGGUAUUUGUUAAAAUUAUUUGGAAUGGACACCUUAGCUCUACGUGUGAGCGUGUAUUUUCGCCCCCCCCCCCCCCCUUUUUUUUUUUUUUUUGCGUGUGUGUAUAUUUGUGUUGUUCAGCACUGCGCCUAGUGUUGCCCCCUCUAGGUGCAACUCAAUCUCAGGUCAAAAUAUAGGCUUUGCUUUCUCCACACAUUCUUUUAGCAUCUUGUUCUCGUGCUACCCCAUCGCCCUGCCUUCCUGCCCCCAUCUUUGCCGCUGUUUGUUACAUAGUCUUGUUUUUGUUUUUAACCGCUGGCUGAUCUGCCCCCCCCCCCCUCCAGUGUCUCCUGUCAAAACUACAAUUUGUUCCAGCGUUAAAAUAAUUUCUGUAUACUAUUUUUUAUUUUUUUACCCCAUCCAUUUAAGGCUUCCUUUGUAAUAAGUAGGGCUAAUCAGUUUGCCUUAUUUGACUGACUAAACCAACUCUUCAGGCUUUUUAUUUUUUGGUGGCUAAUAUUUUUACUUUUUCAUAGUAACACCCCCAAAACUGAUUGUCUUCAACACCUCCUCUUCUAAAAAAAAAAAAAAAAACAGGAUGGGUUUAAGUCCAGGGAAGGGAACAAGUUCAAUGUCAGGAAUGAAAGACGUCUUAAAACGGCAAAAUAUUGAAAAUGUUUGGAAGGAUUUCUACUCAUCUUGCCUGUUGUUUUCUUUUCCUUUAAUUUUAUUUUUUUUAUAGGAAUUUUAAUUUAUUUAUGCUUGUUUCCUUUGCGAUAUCAACUUAAAUCACUGCCCCAUCAUUCAGUAAAACAUAAAAUGAUUAUUUUUAUUAUUAUCACGUUUUUGUAUGCAUUGUCCUUGGUGUCGUGACUGGGGGACUUUAAAAGCUUUUUUUUCUAAAUUAUUAUUAUUAUUUUUUUCCCUUCAGGCAUCUAUCUACCUCACUCUUUAAAUAUAUUUGUGCAUAUGGAAAUCAGACACAUCUCUUGAUCGUCGGUUUUAGCAGAGACCUCUUCAGAGUUAAAUCCCCAGGGAUCUCAAUAAACCUCAUGAAACAUACUAAAACAGAAGAGGGCCAUGUUGCAAGUCAGACUUAUUCAUCAUUUUACUUUUACUUUAAUUUUUAUUCCAAAAACAAAAUCUCCACCUCUGUAAUUCAACAGAAAAACAUGAACAAUGCUGCUGCCUUUUGUGUGGUCUCCUAAAGGAGGGUCAAACUGCAUUUACUAUCUAUGAAAAUCACCCUAGAUAGACUAAAUGACACCUUUUUUUUGACCAACAGCUGGUGAAGCACAGCGUGUGAGAAGUGGGUGGAGCUUAAGACUUUCCAUUUUCCGCUCGCUCUGAACGCAGUCACAACCUCAGAUCCUCAAAACACAACCGUAUCUUUCUCAUCUCAAAUGCAUUUAUACAAAAAUAUUUAAAAAAAAGGGACACAGUUUUCACAUAAAUAAAGAUACAUAUAUAUUUGUGCAUCAUCCCAUAUUACAGCUGGAGUUGAUUCUGAACAGAUAAAACUGACCUUUACCAUGAGGUUAGUACUGUGAAUGUAACCAGAAUAACUCCAUAUUAAAAAAAUAAACACAUUUAAGAAGCAGCAAAUCCACCUCUUACCUUCAAUAAAAUAAAAGCAUUUUUAUAUUUGAUUCUAAGCAACAAGAGAAAAAAGAAACAUGCAUUAUGCAUAAAUUACUUGAAUGUCAUUAUUUAUUCUGUCCGAGUGAACCCACUGAAUGCAAUGAUGUUUUGGUCCUAUUGUUUAUUCCCACUCUCAUCCAUCCAACUAUAUUAAUGACCAAUUUUGAUGUGUUUUUUCCCCCUCAUUUCUUUAAAUGAAUUGUGUAAUGAAUUGUUCAGUCCCCUAUGGGAGGGUUCUAGUUAAUCCCUUCCAAAAACAAGUUUGUGUUUAAUGUGACACAGUAGUUCUUAAAUCCCAAAACGAGUGCGUUCAUUGAUAUGCUGGGGGUGGUUGAUUAGUUCGCUAAAUAAAACCCCAAGAAAAAGAAAAAAUAGGAAUCAUAAUCAUACCUGUAUGCACAAUUUUUCCCCAAAAAUUAAACAAUUUUUUUCAGUCCGAUAUCUGCCAAAAAUCAUUAGAAAACUGAUCUUUAACAUAUCCUUUCAAGCACAAAGCAAUCCGAAUCACCACUUGGACACGGGACGGGAAUUCAGAAUAGACGUGAUUAGAAAAAUCUGAUAGUUUACAGCAUCAACAACAGUUGUUUGUAUUUCCAGCAUAAACAUAUGGUUACUACACUUUAUUGAUUCUUCUCAACGUGUUGCUUUUAGUAUGUUCUUUGUGAAAAUUUCAGGUUUACGGAGGAUGCAUCGCUGCAUCCACCUGCAAUAAUAGGUUCAAGGUUUAUCAUUAUGGUCUGAUUUUUUUUUUUUAAUGAUUUUCAUUCCUACACCAUUUCAAGGGGCCUUGGUCUACUACUAUGAUCGUAUAAUGCUGUUGCGUAAAUCUUGAUGUUUAUAACAUGAUCGGGGAACGAAAUAAUCAAUCGACUUUCACUUGACUGUCUGUAUCCGAGGCCUCAAACGUUUUUUCUUCACUCCUUUAGCCAAGAUGGUGUAUUUUUUGACAUGCCAUGUCCAUAUGUGUAUCUGAAAAUUUCUUGUAUUUUACUUUUUUUCUGAAAUUUUGAAUAAAUAAAUAAAUGAAUGAAAGAAAAUAA